CCGGCCCCGUUGCCCAGGGAACGGGUUCCCGGCAGUCCCCGCGGCUCGGAGUUCAUCCCCGCCUCCUCCGGCCCGGCCGGGCCGAAGAGUCCGGAGGGGCUGCAGCGGGAGCCCCCAGGUUUCCCUAGAUGCCCGUUAAAAUUCCUGUCCUGCUUGAAGAUCAUCUGUGGAAACGUUGGCCAUGGCAUCCGUAUCAGAGUCUGUUACAUUCAGAGAGUUCUGCCCUUUGUACUAUCUCCUCAAUGCCAUUCCCACAAAGAUCCAGAAGGGGUUCCGCUCCAUAGUGGUCUACCUCACGGCCCUGGACGCCAACGGGGACUACAUUGCCGUGGGCAGCAGCAUUGGCAUGCUCUACCUGUACUGCCGGCACUUGAACCAGAUGAAGAAGUACAACUUCGAGGGGAAAACGGAAUCCAUCACGGUGGUGAAACUGCUGAGCUGCUUUGAUGACCUGGUGGCUGCAGGCACAGCCUCUGGGAGGGUUGCAGUCUUUCAACUUGUAUCCUCGUUGCCAGGAAGAAAUAGACAGCUUCGGAGGUUUGACGUCACUGGUAUUCACAAGAAUAGCAUAACAGCUCUGGCUUGGAGCCCCAAUGGAAUGAAAUUGUUCUCUGGAGAUGACAAAGGGAAAAUAGUCUAUUCUUCUCUGGAUCUAGAUCAGGGCAUCUGUCACUCCCACCUGGUACUGGAGGAGCCGGCUUCCAUCGUGCAACUGGACUACAGCCAGAAGGUGCUGCUGGUCUCGACUUUACAGAGAAGUCUGCUUUUCUACACCGAGGAGAAGUCUGUCAAGCAAAUCGGAACACAGCCAAGGAAAAGCACUGGGAAAUUUGGUGCUUGUUUUAUACCAGGACUUUGUAAGCAAAGUGAUCUAACCUUGUACGCAUCACGGCCUGGGCUCCGGCUGUGGAAGGCUGACAUCCAUGGGACCGUUCAGGCCACGUUUAUCUUAAAAGAUGUCUUUGCUGGAGGAGUCAAGCCUUUCGAGCUUUACCCGCGCCUGGAAUCCUCUGACAGGGGAAGUUGCAGCUCACCCGAGAAACACCUGGGGCUUGUUUCAUGUUUCUUUCAAGAAGGCUGGGUGUUGAGUUGGAAUGAAUAUAGUAUUUACCUUCUAGACACCGUCAACCAGGCCACAAUUGCUGGUUUGGAAGGAUCAGGUGAUAUCGUGUCUGUUUCCUGCACAGAAAAUGAAAUAUUUUUCUUAAAGGGAGACAGGAACAUUAUAAGAAUUUCAAGCAGGCCUGAAGGACUAGCAUCAAUAGUGCGGGACGGUCUGGAGCCGUCAGGAUGCCCAGAGCAAGUCCAUGGGCAGCGUGCGGAGAAGCCGCCGGGGGCCACGCCUUCUGAGACGAGGCUCAGAGGCUCUUCCGUGGCCAGCGAGCCCAGAAGCAGGAGCAGCUCACUCAACUCCACUGACAGCAGCUCCGGGCCGCAGGCGGCUCCCGAGCUGGGCAGGAGCGGCCAGCUCACCUCGAAGAGGUUCAGUGUGAUCAGCUCGGAGGACUUCGACCAAGAGCUCAUUGUGAAGCCUCUCAAAGUGAAAAAGAAGAAGAGGAAGAAGAAGACAGAAGGUGGAAGCGGGACUACCUGCCCCAGUUCCCUUGAAUCGACUCCCUGCUGGGAGUGUCCUGGUGAUAGCCCCCAGUCCUUGAGCACAGACUUGCUGUCCACGACCUCGAGUUUGGGCAGCACCGUGGAUCAGUCCAGCACAGGGUCUCCGGACCAGGAGUGCAGUCUCAGUGGUGAGGCCAGCAGUGUCCUGCCAGAAUACAGCGACCCCGAAACGUUCAGUGUCUUGGAGGCGCCCUUCCCCGCCCCUGACUCACUGAAUGAGGAAGGUGACGGAAGAACCGAAAUCCCACUAUGUGACGGCGCAGGCGAGACGCAGCCGCCUAGCGGGGGGUUGAGUUCACCCUGGCAUCCGAGGGAGGACGCGGAAGGGAGUGAUGACAUCGCGGAGCUCGAAGAGGAGCCCUGUCCCGUGAGCGGUGGACCAAGGAGCACACAGUCACCCUGCCGAGAGCGGGGCAGCUCAGCAGAGGCCCAGGAGGUGGGGGGCAUGGAGCCUGCUGAACCCCAGAGCACUUUUCCGGAGGCCCCCCUCCAGGGCUCCCCCCUGGUGCCUUCCAGCCUCAGCUGGACUCCCAGUGCUGAGCGGUGGCUUCCAGGGACCAGCGCUGAGGAGCCCAGUGAAGAGCAGGGCUUCCGGAGGCACCUGGGGGCCCCAGGCCACCUCGGCUCGAGUCCCCGGCACGCUGCUGCUGACGAUGACACAGGCCAGAAAGCAAUGGCUGCUUCCGAAUGUGACUUGGGGAGUGCAGGAGGACGACGGCCUCGCUGGGUCUCUGCCUCGGUGGCCAGCGCCCAUGAGCAGCCCUCACGGGACCAGGCGUUGACGUCCAGUGACGAGGAGGACAUCUAUGCCCACGGGCUGCCCUCUUCAUCCUCGGAGACGAGCGUGACAGAGCUGGCAGGGAGCCGCUCCCUGCAGGACCUGCACCCGCCGGGCACAGACGAGCCCGGGCUGCUGAAGUCAGAGGAGUUUGCAGAAAGCUGGAUGGGUUACUCCGGGCCGGGCUACGGCAUUCUCAGCUUGGCGGUCUCCGAGAAGUACAUUUGGUGCCUGGACUACAAAGGCGGCCUGUUCUGCAGCGCGUUGCCGGGCGCUGGGCUGCGCUGGCAGAAGUUUGAAGAUGCCGUCCAGCAGGUGGCAGUCUCGCCCUCAGGAGCCCUUCUCUGGAAGAUUGAACAGAAAUCUAACCGAGCCUUUGCUUGUGGAAAAGUGACCAUCAAGGGGAAGCGUCACUGGUACGAAGCUCUGCCCCAGGCGGUGUUUGUGGCCCUGAGCGAUGACACGGCCUGGAUCAUCAGGACAAAUGGGGACCUGUACCUACAGACAGGUCUCAGCGUGGAUCGCCCCUGUGCCAGAGCCGUAAAGGUUGACUGUCCAUACCCACUGUCCCAGGUCGCAGCCCGAAACAGCGUGGUGUGGGCGCUGACGGAGCAGAGGGUACUGCUGUACCGGGAGGGUGUGAGCAGCUUCUGCCCCGAAGGGGAGCGCUGGAAAUGUGACAUCGUCAGUGAAAGGCAGGCUUUGGAACCUGUCUGUAUCACUCUUGGGGACCAACAGACCCUGUGGGCCUUGGACGUCCGAGGACACCUGUGGUUCAGAACUGGCGUCGUUUCCAAGAAGCCCCAAGGGGAUGACGACCACUGGUGGCAAGCGAGCAUCACAGACUAUGUGGUGUUUGACCAGUGCAGCUUGUUCCAGACCAUAAUCCACGCCACACACUCGGUGGCCACAGCAGCCCAGGUGCCUGUGGAGAAGGUGGCGGAUAAACUGCGCAUGGCGUUGUGGUCUCAGCAGCUCCAGUGCCAGCCGAGCCUCCUAGGGGUCAACAGCAGCGGCGUCUGGAUCUCCUCGGGCAAGAAUGAAAUCCACGUCUCUAGAGGAAGCCUCAUCGGCACUUACUGGAAUAAUGUUGUUCCCCGGGGGACAGCUUCUGCCACAAAGUGGGCCUUUGUGUUGGCUUCCACUGCUCCCACAAAGGAAGGAAGCUCCCUGUGGCUCUGCCAGAGCAGCAAGGACCUGUGCCGCGUCAGCGCCCAGCACGCCCAGUCACGCCCGUCCACCGUGCAGCUGCCCCCCGACGCUGAGAUGAGGGCCUACGCCGCCUGCCAAGACGCCCUGUGGGCCCUGGACAGCCUCGGCCAGGUGUUCAUCCGGACGCUGUCCGCGAGCUGCCCCACGGGCAUGCACUGGACGAGGCUGGACCUCUCGCAGCUAGGAGCUGUAAAACUGAUGAGCCUGGCAUGUGGAAAUCAGCACGUCUGGGCCUGUGAUUCCAGGGGUGGAGUUUACUUCCGCGUGGGUACCCAGCCUCUGAAUCCCAGUCUGAUGCUUCCAGCCUGGAUAACGAUUGAACCGCCUGUCCAGCCCGCCGGGGUCGCCCUGGUCAGCGUCCACUCCAGCCCCAGCGACCAGAUGCUGUGGGCCCUGGACAGCAGGUGGAACGUGCACGUCCGAGUUGGGAUCACCGAGGAGAUGCCGGUCGGGACCGACUGGGAGCACGUGCCAGGGUUGCAAGCCUGCCAGCUGGCCCUGAGCGCCAGGACCGUGUGGGCCCGCUGCCCCAACGGGGAUCUCGCCCGACGGUACGGCGUCACCGACAGAAACCCUGCCGGAGACUACUGGAAGAAGAUUCCCGGGCACGUGACGUGUUUCACAGUGACCUUGUCAGACGAGCUGUGGGCAGUGGGCCCCGCCGGCUCCCUCCUGCAGCGGCUGACUAGGACUUUCAGCCACUCCCACGGCACCCCGAGCAGCCAGGCCACCGCCCCCCACCCCGAGGACCUGGACGACGAGUGGGAGGUCAUCUGAAGGAGCUCUCGGCAGGGGGGCCACCGAGACCCGUGUGGCGGACACGGGCGGUUUUGAGUCGCUUGCCCUUGGACGUGCCUCGCCCGCUCUUGUCGGGCACGUCUAGCCAGGUGGGACGCUCCGCUCUUGCUUUCCUCCGUAUUUGUUUCCGUCUCACUCCAGAACCCACAGCCUUGGCCGAGAGGUGCGGAGCCGUUGCUGCAGCAGCAGGGCCUCUGACUCGCGCUGAGGCCGUCCCCAGGUGGGACGGCGGCUGCUCCAGUUGCAUGCACUGUGGUACCGCCGUCUGCUGUGGUCACCUUCCCCUCGCUGACUGCUCCCGGGCCCGUGGAGCCCAAGGUCAGUGCCGUCCAUCCGCCGAAUGUGUUCCUGGGAUGGCUUCGUCUCCACCACAGGGUCCCCCCACCUCCUCUCUGAGACGCAGGCCCCAGCGCCCAUUCCCUGCUGGCCACACCAGAUGGGAAGCCAGCUGUGCCAGGACGAGGACACACGCAUAGCGACAUGCACACGCCACACACACCCUCCCCGCCCGCUCCCAGGGGGCCGGGCUUGCCUCCAGCAGAACAGGAAAGGCCAGUGGGUGACCCGGAAUACGGAAGUGUGCGUGUGUAUCCGAGGCAGGUGUGGUGGGGCGUGGGAACCUUAGCCAUGUUAGUGACAUAGGAAUGUCAUAGGGUGACACUCAGCCCUGCUGCUGGCGACGUCGUGAAAACCAGAAGCACCUUCAGAGGAUGAAUCUACUAAUUCUUGCCUUUUUUGUUUGUUGUAUUACAAACCUACAUGAGAUACCUCACUUGAAAUCAGAUCUUACAAAUUUAGAAGAGAAAUGUAUUUUCUGAAACCGGGGGAAGGCCUUUGAUUCCUUCCCCUGGUUUAUCCUGAGCCUGCACUGUUCUCGGCUGCAGCUUCAGAGGAUGGACACCGCCCUGCGUGUCCUCGAUGUGUGGGGCAGCCACGGGACCUGCCUGCUGGCUGCGAGUGGCAGCCAGACAUUGUCAGCGGGCAUCUGGGUGGGUGCCCAGCGAGGUUGAAACUGGGGCCUGCUGUGGCCACGUCAGACUUCAGUCCAUGGGCUCGGCCUGCAGUGCCUACCCUUGUCGCUGGCAUCUGAGCUGUAGGACUCUGCAGCCCAGCCAGGCAUCCGCCCUGAGCCCGCCACCCCUCCCUCUUGGAGGCAGCCCCACGGAAGGACUCCAGCCUGGCUGCUUUUUUUAGCCUGCCCUUGGCCCGGGGCCCAGUUACUCAAUGCCUGUUUGCUACUAAGCAGGUGUGUCCGGGAGCCCCCAGGCCACAGGUGAAGAGCGAUAAGAUUUGUUCUCUGACAGGACCCAGCUAGCCAUGAGGAUGGAGGUUUUCCAGGUCUAAAUGAGGACAAGAUGCUGAAAUCCCAGACCUUACUUACUACUUCACUUUUAUAGAAUGCGUUUUUUCAGAAGUCUGGUGACAGCAGAGGGAGCGCAGGCGGCUGAGGCUCCUCUUCUGCGUAUGUUGUGCCUUUUGCCGGGCUCCUCAGAUGGCAGAGCUCUCCUGAACCCAUGGGACUUUAGUGCAAUUAACCCAGUCUAGUUAGUUUGAUACUUUUAAACUACUUGUAGCCUCAGUGCUUUGUACAGUUUUUUUUUUUUUCUUUUUUAAGUUGUGCUUUGAGACAGUGCAAUAAACUAGACUUUUCCGAGCCUAGUCGAGUCUGAUGUCUGAGUGGUGAGAAGGUGCCCUGAGUGGGCACUCAGGAAGGCUGUUCCCACUGGUGCUGCAAAGAAUCUGCUGCUGGUGUUGCCAGCCCAGCCCCACGGCCAGGAGGGUGUGGGCAGACGUCAUUUCGUGACCAGUUUGCCCGGGGGCUGUCCUGGGGGAGUGCCACUGCAGAGGUGGCCCUGGGGAGGACACUGUACCGUGAGGCAGAGCACAGGGCCGCUGUGGGCAGGCUCUGGGGGCUCGAGACCCUGGGCCUGAGUCUUCAUCCAGGACACAAAACCAGACACCAGAAGUGCCCUAGUGGAAACCAGCACGUGGAAAAAAGAUCACGUUCACGACAGCAGCGGGAUGUGUCACGUGCCGGGAAACAGCCUGAACAAGAAAUGUCAGACUCGGUCGAGAGCUGGCCAAGCUCUACUGAAGACUUCCAAGAGAGCCCGAAUUGGGAAGGCAGUUGACAUUCCUGAUGGAAGACCACAGCCAUUGUGCAAAGAAAGACACCAGUCCUUUCCAAAGGCAUUUAUGGCUUUCACUCAAUUUGUCAAAAUCCCCACUGGGAUUUUCUUUGUUGGGGGUAGGCAGAGAAGAACCCAUAAAAUAAUGUUCAUACCCACAGACACCCCCCUUGACUGUGCCAGAUAUGCUGUGAGGGUCUCACGCGUGCAGCUUCACGUCCUCAGUAGGGCCCUGAGAGGUCAAUACCAUUAGCCCCAGUGAGACCCAGAGAGAAGUAACUUGCUAAGUCAGCACAAGGAGCGCUGGGAUUGGAGCCCAGCUCGGUGGGACUCCAGACCUGCGCUGUCUGAUGCCACCUCACUGUCUUGAGAAGAAGAAACCGAUGAGGAUUGCCAGGAGCGAUGACAGGGGCCAGCAAACGAAGUGGGAUGUGGAUGGAAGGGCCAGUGAUGUCAGGCAGCCCAGCGAGGUCCACGGGGAGUUAACAAGGUGAAGGCGGCACGCAGGUGAGAGGACGGGACAGUGACUUCACAGUUAACUGAUGCGGCCCGCUACUUAACCAUUCAGACAAACAUUAAGUGGAUUAAAGAGUCUUAAAACUAGGGGGCAAAAAACUAUCUGAUUUCUGGAUGGCAAGCACUUUCUAAACUCAAAAGUAGUGGGAAAAGUCAGAGGAAAAUAUUGUAUAGAUUUGAUUUCUUCAAAAUAUAAAGAUGCCGUGAAUUAAAAACCCCGCAUAAAACUAGAAGGGGAAAUAGUUGCAACAAGUCGGAGGAACACCGAAGACACACAUAUGGACAAAGGAGAUGAAAGGGCACUGCUUAGUGCACACCCAGGGCAGGCGUGCACAUGGAGCAAGCGGGGAGCCCCCGUUGGCACGGCCCUUCUGGGAAAGCCACUGGGUCCAGCAGCAGCCUUAAAACCCUCAAGUCCCGGAACUCCUACUUCUGGAAGCCUGUCCUCAAGAACAAAUCCUAAGUCAGGGUUAAACAUACGGCACAGCAUCGUUUGUAAUUGUGAAACACUAAAAACAACUGACAUUCGGGAGCAUUCCUCUCAUGAAACAAUAUGCAGAUGUUAGAAAGCACGUGUCUUCCCGGGGGAUGUACGUUCUGAGCAGUCUGUCAUGCAGUUUCAUCAUAGCAGCGUUAAGUCUCUUGGGCGUUGUAAUGAUCACGUGAGUUUGUAGGCGAUCAUACCUACAGGGAGAGGUAGAUGAUGCCAGUGGACACGGUGUACUCUAACUAACUUUUGGUGGGUUUGCAAUCUUUUUCGUAAUUCCAGGGCGCAGAGGAGGGGCAGAAAGACACUACCCAAGCAGCUGGUCAUGGUGGUCCCCUGUAGUGUGCACCUUUUUGUAUCUUUUGAAUUUGAGCCAUGUAAAUGUGUUAUUUAUUCCAAAAAGAAAUAAAGUUCACAUUUUAAAGCCUCA